AAAAACAUUUAUUCAUCAAAAUUAAGACUGAUAUUAUAGCGUUUAUAAAGGUUACUGAUUUUUUGACAUUUUCCCAAUUUACUAUUGUCUUUGGAGCUAAUGUUAUUCAUAACAUUGAUUUUAAAUUAGUUACAUGUUGAUUUGAAUUGUUCUAUUUUUUUUAAAUAGUUAUAACAAAGUACAUAAAAUUCAUCACAUUAACUUUCAAAAUUAGUUCUAUUGAUAAUUCCUCGUCCUUAAGUUUUGUUACGAGAUUUUCAAUUUCUACCGUGAGAAACCAACCCUUUAUUUUGUUUUCAAUUUUCUUGAUAUUUUAUCGAGUAAAAUUUUGAAACCGGAACAAAUCGCUGUUUCGAAACACUUUCCCGGGACACCGGGAUACUUGGUUAAAAACUGGUAGUGUCCCAGUAAAACCGGGACGUAUGGCAACCCUAGCAUAGAGAUAUGUUUCUAGAUAUUAUAAAAUCAAGAAAAAUUAGUAUAAAUAGUACACAAGACGCCACAUAUGUAUUUAAAUCGGAUAAUUCGCUUGGAGGUAUGUUAACAGGGUUUAAUAAACUUCUAAAAAUUAUGUUGACUGUUCCAGUAUCGUCUUGUACUGCGGAAAGAUCUUUUUCACCACUACAAAGAUUAAAAACAUUUUUAAGGUCUACAAUGACACAAAAUGGUCUUAAUGAUAUUGCUUUGUUAUGUGUCCAUCGUAAUGAAGAUAUAGAUAUUGAAAAAAAUGCUAACUCAUUUAUAAAUUCAACUAAAAUACGUCAAAGCACAUUUUAUAUGUAA